AUGGCUACCUUAAACAACACCGGUGUUAGCCACACUGUCUUCUACUUACUGGGCAUCCCUGGGCUUGAAGACAAACACAAGUGGAUUUCCAUCCCUUUCUUCAUUUCCUAUGUCAUAUCCUUAUUUGGAAACAAUUUUCUCAUAUUCAUUAUCAUCACAAAACGCAGCCUCCAUCAGCCCAUGUACCUCUUUCUCUGUAUGCUGGCAGGAGCAGAUGUUGUCCUCUCUACAUGCAUUGUACCUCAGGCUUUGGCCAUCUUCUGGUUCAAUGCUGGGAAGAUCUCCUUGAAUUGUUGCAUUACUCAGGUAUUUUUCUACUCUUCCGUUUUUAUCUCUGAGUCAGGGAUCUUGCUGGUGAUGGCCUUUGACCGCUAUAUUGCUAUCUGCUACCCACUGAGAUACACCACAAUUCUGACACACUCAAUGAUUGGGAAAGUUGCUGUGAUCAUCUUUACAAGGAGUUUUGGUACAAUUUUCCCUUUAAUAUUUCUAUUGAAAAGGUUGACUUACUGCCAAAAUAAUAAUAUUCCACACACCUUUUGUGAACACAUUGGGUUGGCCAGGUUGGCCUGUAAUGACAUUCGAGUGAACAUCUGGUAUGGCUUUUGUAUCAUAAUAGUCACUGUGAUCUUAGAUCCAUUGUUAAUUUUUGUGUCCUAUUUACUGAUUCUCUUUGCUGUCUUUAAAAUGCCUUCUAAAACUGCUGGCUAUAAAGCUCUCAACACAUGUGGUUCCCAUGUCUGCAUCAUUAUACUCUUUUAUGGUCCUGCAGUCUUCACAAGCCUUGUUCAGAGAUUUGGAUGUCACAUUCCACCUCAUGCCCACAUUUUGUUGGCUAAUGUUUUUAUUCUGGUUCCACCUAUGGUGAAUCCUAUUAUUUAUGGGAUCAAGACCAAGCAAAUUCGAGAGCAGGUUGCUCAUAUAUUUUUUUCCAAAGCAGAAAUGACUUAG